ACGCCUGCGCUGUAGCAUUCUGAGUUUAUCAAGGACCUUUACAGGACCCGAGGGCUUCAAGUGCAUAAUAUGCAUGCAAUACAGUUUACAACCUUAACGUAGGUGGUAUGCAUUGUUCCCGGCGCAAAAAAUCUUUGCCAUUUUGUUAGUAAUGGGUCCUCGUGUAAGCCAGCCUAUCUCGAAAACCUAUUACAAACUUAUUCAAUCACUUGAGCACAAUGUUGUUAAUUUUCCCCUUAAUCCUUAUCACAUGGGUACAUGUUCCAUCACAAUGUUAGCGUUCAACGUUUCAAACAUAUCACAGUCUGAACCAUUAUACAGUUGUCCCCUCCCCCUCUCCUCCCUGGCCGACUACAGGAUAAUGUCAACGUUCAGAGUAUCGGGAGAUGGCCAGGCUCUCUUCAUGUCCUCAGAAUCUGAAGUACAGAGACUCAGUGUCUGUAAAGACGACAGGUCUGAACCAUACAUAUAUGUACGUGCACUACAUCUGAAUUUUUCUCUUUUUUCCUAUCUGAAUCACUAUAGUGUGUAAUGUGCGAUUCGGUAUAGCUGGCUAAAAUGUAACCUUGUGAUGCAACUGAAGUCUUAAGUUGUGACACACCAAUAAUUUUCACUGGUUGUGGACCAAAGACUAAUACGUCUGCAGACGAAUAUACUAAGAAGAUUACAGACACAACUUUGUAGUAAACUUUCUAUUAACGUAUAGCUGUAUGUUCCCUAAAGCUACGUAAGUCCGAUGCUCCUUUAGAGUAGUUGCAUGUACUCUCCCGGUCUCUUAAUUGUCUUAAACACAUGUCUGGCAGGUACACAAAAUGCGUAAGAUUAAUGAUCCAUGAAUAGAGAGAAGAAGAAAACGUAAAUAAAGUAAAAAAGGAACAAAGAACGCAGUACAAAACAGACAAAAUCACAAAAAGACAAAUAAACCUGAAACCUCUCUGUCCCAUCCCUCCCACCUCCCUGCAGGCUCAACCUGCCUGGCUGCCUCCGAGUUUCCAUGUCCAGGUGGCUGAACCUCAACCUGCCGGCAAAGGAAAGAUGGACUGGCUGUUUGGCACUGUACCAGUCGAGGUGGACCGCACCAGUGUCUUUGGAGUUGGAGCAGGGCAGCCAUUGAUGAGUGUGGCCAAGAGAGACGGAGUGUCUGGUGCAGGAUUUCACCAGUCGACUCGGUCGCAGAGACCUACAGCAAACGGGAGGGAUGGACCGCGAGUGACCAGGGUGGCGAGGAGGGGGGAGGAGGAGAGGGGGAGGGAGAGGGAGGAGAGGAGGAGGGGGAACAACGAGGAGAAGGGGGGGAGAGGCAGUAAUGAGGAACGGGGGAAGGCGAGCAGAGCAUCUCUGGAGAGAAGGAGAGAGGGGGGAACCGGUCUCUCUGGACAGAUGAACAGAAACAGAGAGGCCCUGGAGCAGCGUAAGCAGGCACUGACAGAGCUGGAGCAGAAGACAGAGCAGCUGGCGGGCGACGCUGACGACUUUGCAUCUCUAGCAGCCAAACUGGCCAACAAGAGCAAGGCCAGGGUGUGGUGAACUUUCAUCCAUUGCCCCCCCUAUCAUUAUCAUCAAUUCUUCCACAGUCUUGUAUGUAUGUAUUAUGUGCACCGUAUGUGUGUGUAUAAUGCACCACGUGAUGAAUUUUACCUCAGUCCAUUCAUUAUGAUGUCAUACGUUGCUCACUGUGUAAUGUAAUGAUGUCAUACAGAGUCUAAAUUGUACAUCAAUUGGAAAUUCAUAUUUUUUCAGUGCAAGGCAAGUAUAUACUCGAAAUGUUUUUUCGUGAACGUACAUACAUCUCUAAAAGGGUUAGGGAGUGUGCACUAUAUAGACUUGAAGUGUGUAUGGGUAUUGUUAAAGUUAGGGCU